AUGGAAGGAAACUCUAGUAUUGAUUAUAGAAAAUUUUUUGUUCAGCCAACAUUUAAGAAUGAAGUAAUAGACAUUUCUAAGUUUCUUUAUAACGGAAAGUGCCAAGAUAUUUUUAGAUACAAACCAAAUAACAAAAGAGAUUUGGUAUUUUGGGCUAUGUAUUUUAAAAGUCAAGAUAUGUGGAUUAAACAAAGAGAAACAAUUGUCAAAACUAUGUCAAUUCUCAAAUCUGGAAUACCAAAUGUUAAGAAAGUUUUAGUAUUGUAUGGUGAAGCACCAAAUGGAUUUGUUGAACUUAUGAAAAGUUUUAAUGUUGAUGUUAUUAGAAGAAAAAAAGAAUUAAAAUAUAACCAAGUUUGUAAUGCCGCUGUUUAUCGUUUUUUUGAGCUACUUGAAUAUUUAAAUCAACACGGAGGAGAGUUUGAUAGAGUUGCAAUUACAGAUUUUAGAGAUGUUAUGUGGUUUGCUGAUGGAUUUGCUACUAUUAGACCAGAUGAGUUGGUGCUUACUAAUGAGUGCAGUGGUAAAGGAAAUGGGACAAUCCAAUGUAUUGACUAUACCCAAAAAUUAAAUUACAAAUGGUUUGUUAACACUUUUGGAAAAGGACUUGCAAAUCAACUAAGAAAAGAAAGAAAAAGAAUAGUCAAUGUAGGUAUUGUUAUAGGGAAUGUACAAAAAGUCAAGAGAUACUGUGAAUUAUUCAAGCAGCACUGUCCUAAAGAUAAAAUUGAAAAAUGGGGUACUGACCAAGCUUUAAAUAAUUAUCUAUAUUAUACGCAUAGACUUGAUGAACUUAAUGUUACAAUCGAGACUAUUAGUCAAAGAAUUGGGUUUGAUGUUAUGGACGGAUGUAUUUUAGAUAAAAGAAAUAAGGUUUUGAUUGAGAGAAAUUCCUUAUGUUCUCCUGUGCUUAGACAUAAACUAACUGGAUAUCUUAAAAUAUAA